AUGGCCGUCGCCGGCGCGCCGACGCGCCUCGCGGUGUGGGUCAGCGUGGCCUCCGCGCCGCGACCUUCGCUGCUUGACCCAGAAACGCCUCCGUUGGAGCAGCCUACGGCUCUCCAGCGGUCGAGCUAUCGAUUGCCACGCUCGCGCGAGAACGUCGCUCCCACGGGCUUCCACUCGCACCUACAGGUCAAGGCGCACGGUCGGACGUGCAGGAGGGACAAUAAUGAAGGAGAAUUCGAUGGAUACCACGUCACCUCCGCCUCGCCUCCGCCCUCCGCCUCCGCCUCCCCACCAUCCCUCCCCAAUACCCCUCGCCUCGCCCCCUCGCCCGCGCCUCCGCUCCCGCCUCCGCCUCCGCCCCGCCUCCGCCUCCGCCUCGCCUCCGCCUCCGCCUCCGUCCCCCCGCCACCGCCACCGCCACCGCCACCGCCACCGCCACCGCACCGCCGCCACCGCCGCCACCGCCGCCACCGCCGCCACCGCCGCCACCGCCGCCCCGCCGCCGCCGGCCUUACACCUGCGCGCGCGCCAAGCGAUCGGGGCCGUGUCGGACGCGGUGGCGGUGCCCACCGCAUGCGAGGCGCGCGAAGCGAGGCGGGGCGGGCGGGCGCGCGCGUGCAGGCGGGCGGCGUGCCGGCACCGCGGCGCGGGCGCACGGAAGGAGGUCGCGGGCGCCUUGCCUUGCCUUCCCCGCUCUACGAGACGACUGUUGAACUCCCAGAUGUGGUGCACAGUCGUAGUGUGCUAAGCCUUGAUGGGUCGUUGUUGCAGGUGCCAGCGCCCGCCGCCAUGAGGCUGUGGCUCGUCUUCGAGCUGCUGCUCGUGUUCCUGCUGCUAGCCUUUGCCGCCUCCCGCUCCAUAGGGCCGGCGCAGCGUCAGGGCCCGCCCAGCCGCUACUGCGCCUGCACCAGCACCAUGUGCAACUGCUGCAGGGACUUCUCGCUGCCCGUCGUGCCCAUCAAGGGCCCAGGAUGUGCGACUCUGCAAUACCUGCAGGGUGAUUCGAUGUUGGUCACAAUGAGUUUCGGUGACCGAGUUUUGCAGAACAUUACCAUUUCCGGGCGGCGGCCGCAGCCGGUGUGCAUGGCGCUGCCGGGCGGCAUCUCCAAGUUCUGCGGCCGCGUCUACGGCAUCUCGCGCGACGGCGAGCAAUUCAAGGCGUGCCUGGGGCUGGAGCUGCGCGCGCUGGACGACGUGGAGGCUGCGCUGCGC